GGACCAAAAUGUCCUUCCCUCGGUGGUGCUGUGGUGCCGGUAGUGGUAGAGUAAGUACUAAGUAGAGAGUAGAGACUAGUUGACGAUGAAAUAUUAUUUAUGCAGCUUUCCACAUAAAUAAAUAUAUAAACCAGAAAAUUUUGUGCAGCCUUUGUUUAUUGGAAAAUAACCGGAACCAAACGCCCUUAAACAGUUACACAUGCCCAAAGAAACAAAGGUGCUGGUUCCAUUUCCCAAUCUCUAAAACCCCUCUUUUCCGAUCUAACCUCAAUUUUGGUCCCAAAUUUUGCAGAUUCCAGCGAUCUGAUUACAGAUUUGGAUCGGUUUUUUUCUUCUGGUGUUUGUUUGGUAAUCUGUGGAAGAGGAACGAGCUUUGAUUUGAUUUGAUUUGAUUCAGUAAUGGCUGCUCCUGUGCCUCCAGGGGCACCUAGACCCGGAAGUAACACACCUCAAGCACCUCCCCCUAAUUAUGUUCCCAAUAUAAGGGGUACACCUGAUGGGUUAGCUGAUAAUAUGCAGAAUUUAAAUCUUUAUCGGCCUCCUAUGACCUCAAACCCUGUUUCUAGACCUCCCCCUUUUGGCCAACCACCGCCAUUUGCUUCUUCGGCUCCAUCGCAGGGAAUUCCUGGUCCUUCUCCAUCAUUUGCACGGCCUGGUCCUCCUCCAGGAGCAACGGUGAGGCCUGCAGGGCCUCCUUCUGGACCACCAGUAUCUACAUUACCUCCAAAUUUGGGCCCUGGAAGGCCUACUGGCCCGCCUCCUGGUCAACCUCCAGCAUUUGGGAUGAGACCAGCAGCACCGCAUAGCUCUUUUUCGUCAUCUCUGGGUGGGGCUCCAGCAGCACCAUUGUCUGGGGUUCCUCCACCUGGUGGUUCUCCCCCAGCUCGUCCACUUGGGCCUCCACCGCCCCCAACUCUAGGUGCCCGUCCAAGUGCAAGCCUAAGCCCAAGUCCAAGUCCUUUUACUUCACCACCGAUGAGCGCCCCUCCACCAGUGCCCCAAACAGGUGUACCAAGUAACUUGAUGAGUAAUGGGCCGCCUGCAUUUUCCGGUGGUACUUUACCUGGUCCACCACGUUUCCCUCCAGUUGGUGGCAGCAUGCCACAGCCGCCCCUUGGACCUCCAACAAUGAGAACUCCUCCAGGACCAGUUGCUCAACCACAGCCCCCAUAUCCCAUGGCAUCUCAAGGAAUAAUGCAGCCCCCAACUUCUCCUUUUGCAGCACCUUCUUGGCAGAUGCAAUCCCAGCAGCAGGUGGCACCACCUCCUCCUGUUCCUGGUCCUUCACAGGUUCCUCCUCGGAUGUAUAGCAUGUCACCACCACUGCCAAAUCAAUCUAUGACUACUACAAUAUCACCUGCAGUUGGUCAAACUGGAGCCCCUUUGGUAGGGCCUUCCAAAAUAGAUCCCAAUCAAAUUCCAAGGCCUUCCCCAGGUUCCUCAGUGAUCUUACAUGAAACUCGUCAAGGCAAUCAGGCAACCAUUCCUCCGCCUGCUACAAGUGAUUACAUUGUAAGAGAUACAGGGAACUGCAGUCCACGUUACAUGAGGUGCACAAUCAAUCAGAUUCCUUUCACUGCCGACCUUUUGGGAACAUCAGGAAUGCAGUUGGCUGUCAUAGUCCAACCUUUGGCCCUUCCACAUCCAUCUGAGGAGCCCAUCCAAGUUGUUGAUUUUGGGGAGAGUGGUCCUGUCCGUUGCUCACGUUGCAAGGCCUACAUAAAUCCUUUUAUGAAAUUUGUUGAUCAGGGAAGGCGUUUCAUCUGCAACUUAUGUGGAUUUAGUGAUGAAACUCCGCGGGACUACCACUGCAAUUUGGGUCCAGAUGGUAGGCGUAGGGAUGCUGAUGAAAGGGCUGAGCUAUGUAGAGGAACAGUCGAGUUUGUUGCUACUAAAGAAUUUAUGGUUAUCAGUUGUUUUAUGGCUCUAAGCUGAAAUACGCCUGCUGUGUAUUUCUUUCUCAUUGAUGUAUCCAUGAAUGCUGUUCAAACUGGUGCAACGGCUGCAGCUUGCAGUGCCAUCAAUCAAGUUAUUUCUGACCUUCCUGAAGGUCCUCGCACAUUGGUGGGAGUUGCAACUUUUGAUUCAACAAUUCACUUCUACAACUUGAAACGUGCUUUGCAGCAGCCCUUGAUGCUCAUUGUUCCUGAUGUACAUGAUGUCUAUACUCCACUCCAAACUGAUGUCAUUGUUCCCCUAUCUGAGUGCCGUCAACACUUAGAACUACUUUUGGAAAGCAUUCCUACAAUGUUUCAGAAUAAUAGAACCUCAGAGUCUGCCUUUGGUGCAGCUAUCAAGGCAGCUUUCCUUGCAAUGAAGAGCACUGGAGGAAAGCUCUUGGUUUUCCAGUCAGUCUUGCCAUCCGUAGGCAUUUGUGCCCUUUCUGCUCGGGAGGCUGAAGGUAGAACAAACAUGUCUGCUGGGGAAAAGGAAGCCCAUAAAUUGCUUCAACCAGCAGAUAAAGCAUUCAAGGAACUGGCAGUUGAAUUUGCUGAGUACCAGGUUUGUGUUGAUCUAUUUGUGACUACCCAGACUUACGUUGAUAUUGCGUCCAUAUCUGUCAUCCCAAGAACUACUGGUGGACAGGUCUACUACUAUUAUCCAUUCUCAGCACUUUCUGAUCCUGCAAAGCUUUUCAAUGAUCUAAGAUGGAAUAUCACCAGGCCACAAGGUUUUGAGGCUGUGAUGCGUGUGAGAUGCAGCCAGGGUAUCCAAGUUCAGGAAUACUAUGGCAACUUCUGUAAACGCAUCCCAACUGAUGUUGACCUACCUGGGAUUGACUGUGACAAAACUUUCAUGGUAACUUUGAAACAUGAUGACAAGUUGCAAGAUGGAUCAGAAUGCACAUUUCAGUGUGCUCUUCUUUACACUACUGUGUAUGGUCAAAGAAGAAUACGUGUCAUCACCUUAUCUCUGCCUGUCACUAGUAUGCUUAGUAAUCUAUUCCGCGCAGCUGACUUGGACACCCAAUUCUGCUGUUUCUUAAAGCAAGCUGCAAGUGAAAUUCCUUCAAAGCCACUUCCGCUUGUUCGGGAACAAGUGACGAACCUUUGCAUCAAUGCCUUGUACUCGUAUCGUAAAUUUUGUGCAACAGUAUCCUCAUCUGGACAACUUAUUCUGCCAGAGGCACUAAAGCUUUUGCCCUUGUACACACUUGCAUUAACCAAGAGUACAGGGUUGCGAACAGAUGGAAAGAUUGAUGAACGAUCAUUUUGGAUAAAUUAUGUAUCUUCUCUCUCCUGUCCAUUGGCAAUACCACUUGUGUAUCCUAGGAUGGUGGCUAUCCAUGAUCUUGACUCAAAGGAAAGUGAGGAAUCCGUUAUUCCUUCCUUUCUUCCACUUUCUAGUGAACACAUUAGUGAAGAGGGAAUAUAUCUUCUUGAGAACGGUUAUGAUUGCUUGAUAUAUGUUGGAGAAGCUGUUAGUCCGGAGACUGUGAGGAGACUGUUUGGUGUUGCUUCUGUUGAUGAAAUUCCUACUCUGUUUGUGUUGCAGCAACAUGACAAUCCAUUGUCUAAGAGGUUAAAUGAAGUGGUCAAUGAGAUACGGCGGCAAAGAUGUUCCUAUCUUAGGUUGAAGUUGUGCAGGAAAGGAGAUCAAUCAGGAAUGUUAUUUUACUCGUAUAUGGUAGAAGAUAAGAGCGCCGGUGGUUACUCCUAUGUGGAGUUUCUUAUCCAUGUCCAUAGGCAAAUCCAGAAUAAAAUGACAUCAUAACCAAGAUCUGCUGCUUCAUUUUUGCAAGCCUUUAGACGUAAAUGAUAGAGCAAACCCAAGCCCCAAGAAUAGGUGAGAUUCUGCCCAUUUAUGCGCAUUCAUUUGCCUUGCGUUUGUGAAAGGAAAACCAGAAAAUACGUUUUUGUUGUUUAAAUUUUGUUGACGUACAUGUAUAAGUUAGUUGAUGUUGGUAAUAGUUUGAUAUUAUCUCCCCCCUCUUUUCUUUUUGUUUUCUGAAGUUUUGUAGUUGGGUGCCAUACUGAUAAUACAAAUUCUAUGCGCAAUUAUGUGUUCUUCAUGAGAAAUAUUAUUAUAGUGUGUCUUAUUUGAAUAAAUCUUUAUGUACGGAA